GCCUGAAGUCAUAUUUUAUUCUUAGGAGAAAAGCAGAGGAGGACUUGUAAGCCUUCCUCCAGCAAUCCCUACUUAUCUCCAAUCGAAUACUGACUUAAGGCCGCGUACCAUUUCUGAACACCACCGACAUGGCCCGCUAUAAGCAUUUCCAAGCCAAAACCCGGAAUUCCCUAGACUUAGUUCCACUCACUACUUUUGUUCCUACUGAAACACAUGCUUUAGAAAAUACAGCACGCCUUUAUCUGCUGUCAGCUCCCUUUGUAUCCCUGGGAGGACUUUCACCAAAUGAGAAGGAGCUUGCAAAGCUUGCACUUCCCUUGAAACCACGUUUUUUCCGCAAGCAAGCUGGACUCACCAAUCGUUGUCAAUCUCAGCUUAGUCCAACAUGUGGCCUACUUGGAAUUGCACAAGCUUGUAAGGCUGCCCGAGUGGGCCUCAAUGAGACACUGAUGAGAAUGAUGACAGUUGACACACCACUUUCCCUGUCUGAAGGAGAGCCCUUGAAGGCCGGGGUGCAGUUUCGGAAAAAGUCUAGCUCACUGAAAGCUAUACAACCAAAGCAGAAACCCAAACCCAGGAUUUUCAUCCAAGCAGACCCACAUGAGAUGCUUUUUUCAUUCACACAGAAGAUCACCGAGGGCAUGGAACCAGACGUCAUACUGGAGUGCUUGGACUUUGAAUGGGAACUCCAUCGCAUGUACUUCUUUAAAUCCCAGGUCCUCUCACAGCUACUUGCUACAGCUGUGCAGAAUACUGACUUGCAUACUGCAGACAGCUAUACCAAAGAAAUCAGAUGUUACUAUAAACAGUAUCUUCUAUCUGACCGGAAACAUACAGAAGAGACUCAACAGGAGCAAAGAAAGACCAAAGUCACAAUUGCCUUGGAGAUCAAUGAUCCAGAUGUCACUCGAUUUGCCUUUGCUAUAGCACUCAGGAACCUAUACAAUUCCAAAAUAGAAGUAAAUGAAGAUGAUGUCCUGGGAAUCCUAGCUUCUGCAAAUGUAUUACAAUUUCCUUCCCUUUUCUACAAGUGUGUACAGCUCAUGAGAAGUAGCAUAGGCCCAACCAAUGUCUGUAGUUAUUAUUCUGCAGGCUGUAAGUACCAGCAACCAUCCUUGAUCUCCGAUUGUGAGAGAUGGGUAGAAGUGAACCUUGUCCCGCAUCUUGGUUCUCAUAUUCACUUGAGGAAGCUGCCACUAGAACUGCUGCAGAAAGUGCUCAGAUCUUCAAGGUUAUUUACUUUCAACGAAUUCCACCUCUUGCGUACUACUCUCUGCUGGGUCUUCUUGCAGCAAAACCCCAAAAUCCAGAUAAUUCCGUCUUAUGAUACCAUCCUCACAUAUUUUAGCAGCCUGCCCAAGAUAUGCGCCUUCCUGGAAAGGGAAAUAGGACAGCGAUACAUAGCUAUUUUUCAGUCCCUCCGUUUACAUGGCAUCACUUCAAGUAAGCAUCUGGAAGAACUAUGGGAUAUUAACUUCCUUCCUUUGCCAUGGCUGACAAGGAUUUUGUCUGAUCAUUAUCAUGCACUAGAGAAUGGUGGCGACAUGGUAUUUCAGAGAGACUUUAAUACUCAGGCAGUGAGAUUUGGCUUGGUGCUUACAGAGGAACCAAGAUACCAUGCAGAAAUUGUUUCCAUAUAUGGAUUCUUCUUUGAGAUAAAAGCAGUCAGGCACGAAGCUUCAGCGUACAGUUUUUAUAUGCAGAGAGUCAAACAUGCAGAUCCAAUUAUAUCCUUUUUUACUGCCGAGCGCAGCCCUGUCAGCUUAAAGCAGGAGCGUGAAGUCAAGUAUGAAAUAAAAGCCCAGUGCCAGAUAGAUGGGAAGUGGGAAGAAUUCACUACCGAGAGACUUACCCAAAAGUUUGGUGUUAAGAAACCUGCUUCCAAAAGUAAGGUCCUGAAAGCAAGUAUUCCCUCCGUUCCCAUCUAUGUGACAUUUUCUUUUCUUUUCCCAUCCUCAUAAAAGACAACACACUCUCCUGAAUCAUCCAUGGAAGAACUUAUUUUGACACCUGUUGUAGGAUACAUGCUUGAAGGGCCUGAGCUACUCAGGCAGGAGAUCAAAUUUAGCAUCACAUGAAAAUAAACUGCAGUCUCCAUUAA